AUGGAUCCACAUCCCGUCAAAACUGAGGCUCCAUCGCCCAUUUCGACACCGAUCCAACCGUACCAAACAGAUGAAGAAAGAAACGUCACAUCCCAUGUUCAGGCUCCUCAAUAUUUCCAUGAGCGGCAGAGGCGAGACUCGUCCGUUUGGAUCCCCGCCGGAGGAAGACAUUGUCAGCUUCGCCAGGAGCCUCACUAACAGGAAGAAGCUGCUGAAAGACUGCUCGUCCAACCAGAUGAUGAUGAUCAACUUCAGUCCGGACGUUUUCAAAGUCACCACUGAGUUUACAGGUCAUUGGGAAUGAAGAGUUUGGGUAAAGUAGAAAGUUCCCUCAAAAAGUUCUUUCAAAAAAGAGGUUCUAAGGAUCACCAACGAUCUUUCCUUUGAUAAAAAGAUGCCGGAAACUUGAAAGAUUCCAGGGAAUUUGAAAAUAUGGCUGUGUGAAAGGAGCUCAAAAACUUUUUUCCAUCGUUUGGAGCUGUUAAGAAUUCUGGAGCUUCUUUCAAGUACUUCGAAAACCAUUUUUAGCUCUUUCUGAAAGACCUUGAAGGAAUUUUUCCGCUUUGCCUUUGAAGCUAGAAACAGUGAUCGAAAUUCGACAUAUAGAAAAAAAAACAUUAACUUCAAAAAAUAAGGAAGUUAAAAAAUCCUGAAUAGAAGAACAUUAAAACUUGUCAAAAUUCUAAUAUGUUUGACAAGACAAUCGAGCUUUUUCAUAGAUUUUUUUUUCAAUUUAAAAUUACAUUCACUGAAACCAAAAUUCGCGUGUCGCCUUAAGCACGGAAAUUUCUCGGCAACGUUCUUUUUUUUCAGGAACUGAAAUCGUUCAACUGUCCCCUGAGGUGAACAUCGGCCGACUGAAGCUCGAGUUCAAAACGUUGAGAACGGCGGUUUUCUCGGAUUUCGCCUGGCUGGCCGACGUUCGCAGCAAACAAUAUCGGCUCAGCGAUGGAUUCUAUCUUGUCAGUAGAACCGGAAUUGCUUUCUGAAAAUAUUUCCUACAGAAAGCUCUAUUUUAUAGCUUUUAAUGGAGCUUUGUGCAGUUUAUCAUGAAAAGUUUAGCUGACUUAAGCUACCUGGUUUAGUUCUCAUACUAAAUUUUGAAAUAUCUAGCGUACUUGGCGCAAUGCCUUUACUCUUAAAUAACAAUCACAUGGUCACAGUAUCGAAACCUCGCCAAAUAAAUUGUUUUAGAUAGUUUUUUGUCUUAAUAGUGGAUAUGAACACUUUUUUCAACCCAAAAAUGUUUUUUAUCAAAAAAAAAACCGAAGAAAUGCAGAAAACCAAAUUUUAGAACAAAGACGGCUAUCGGCGGCGAGCUGCAUUUAUUUUUCAUGACUGCUUCAUUCUCAAUUUUUUUUUAGAAACUAACAAGAUUAUUGUGAAUGUAUAACUUUUCGUUCUCAAGAAAGUUCCUAAAAUCUUUGGCUUUACGAGUUUUUUUAAUUUCUCAAUUAAUCGCAUCUACGUGAAAGUUCACCAACAACAAUAGUGAAAAAAGAAAAUGGCUUUUCAGUGCUCGGUUUUGCACCCCGUCGCACCAGCUCAUGUUAUCAUGGGGGCCGAAGUUCCUGCGAACACCCAAAUAAUGGAACAAAUCAACGACGAAAUACAGUAAAAUAACCUCAUCCUUAUUCUCUGACCUGCAAAAUUCCAGAAAAGUUCCUCUCUUACCUUUGGACGUCAAGAAAAUCGUUCCAGGCAUGGAAUGCAUCUACGCCUACGAGUCAGCCGGCUUCACCUAUCUCCGGGCUCUGAUCCUUGGAGGAGUCCGUUUUUCGAGAAAUUUCAACUCGACUGGAAAUUGUUUCGCGAAGAAAAAUUGAAAGAAAUGGAUCAUUUUGACAUUUUUAAAAAUUUAUACGGCAAUAGGAAGCAAAAAAAAAAAGAAGCUGACUAUUCACAAACUUUUUCGCUUUUUUUUCAAAAAAUCAAGUUUCAGAGCGAUUUGAGUUUGAAGUAAACUAAAAGUGCAAUUUUCUAGAAAACUCGAACAAAAAAAUAAUUAGAGAGCAUCAGCGUAUUCGGCCUUGAUUAGAGACAGAUUGAAAGUUUUGGCAAUGUAUCAAGUUUAAACAUUUUUUUCAAGCUCAGUUUUUUUUUACUUUACUGUUUUUGAGAAUACUGUUCUAACAUAUACAAAUGGAAAAUUAAAGUUGAUUUCGAAAAGAAUGGGAAUUUCAAAUUUCAAAUUACUUGCUAAAGUUUAACUUUUGCAUUUAUAUCAAAAAGGAUCACAGAAGAUUCUUAGAAAAUCCCUGAAUUUAUACCUCAAAAUUAAUCAUUCUCCUGCGUAUUUCAACCGAAUGAGUAUCACUGAACAAAAAAAUAAGCGAAAAAAAUAAUCUUAAAAAGUUUCUAGACGUAACUUCUGGAUUUUCCACAAGAAUAUUUAGCAGUUAGUUUUAAAAAACAAAAAUAAUAUCUUUUCGGCUUGAAAAAAAUUCAACUUCAGACGUCAAACGGCCAAGGCGCGAAGAUAAUUCUGGUCGAUCAUCAUACUUUUUAUGCUCUUGACGCGGAAUUUUCGUCCUUGCGCCAAAUGGCCCCGCAAUUCUCCCUCAAACGUUUAAAGACGCGAAUUUUCCUCGGACAAAUUCGUGGAGUCGACGGCGUCAAGCGGGUUUCAACUCUGCCUCGACAUUCCCUUGGACUGAAAUUUAUUGUUUCAGAAGCUCCAGGAUGAGGUGCAUGAAAAGAUCCUGAAGGAGAGAAACCAAGGCGAAGUCGUUUGCGCCGUUUUCGGAACCGAUGUUUGAUUGGAAUCGACAAGAAAAAUGUCUUGAAAUCUCGAUUUAGAAACCAAACGAAGUGAACCUCAUUGACUACGUCAUGAUGGAAAAUGGGGAGGACAAAGAUUGGAUCUCGAAAUAUCUUUUGGUGGGUUUGGGUGACAAAAAUGAGAAAGAAAUGCAAAGAGAAUAAUUCAGAGAGGCAGGAAAUUUAUUGAAAAAAAAAGCUGAAAAUGGCUUGAGUAUGAUUUUUAUUAAAAACCUUUAUUGAAAAUCCGUUUUUAGAUUUCCUGUUCGAAUAGUCAUAACUCUAAAUGUUUUCUUUUUCAUAAUUAUCCCCUUUGAGUGCUAACUUUACGGUGAGAAAUUGUUUUGGAAUUUUUUUAUGGAAUUUUUCAAGUUUCUGUGAAAAAAGUUUUUCAUUUUUCAAAAUUUUUGUCUUAAGAGUUCCGAUUCUGCGAACCCAGCCCCGAAACAUCCGGACUUCCUCAAUUUGACUUUGGCUCUGCAAGUCUGUGAUGUAAGAUAUCUUUUUCUUUUCAAUCGUUUUUUAGGAACUCAAUCUAGAAUACUCAUUUUUCAGAGGCUCCCUCAACCGGAUCGAUUUAGCAACCCAGAACUGGGUCAUUUUGAAGAACAAGGAGCGCACAAUCAAGUUAGAAAUAUGAUUCUGAGCAAAUUGAGAAUAACCACUUCUCUCAGGACCAAAUGGAAGUCUUCGAACAUGUUCCGUCUCCAGUCGAGGAGUCUCAGGUCGAAAUGAGAGACGCGGAAUCGUCUCCUGAGAGAAGUUGGUUUUUCAAAAGAAAUUAUCGCGUUAAACAAGAGUUUUGUGAAGCAAAUUAAACAUUACACUUUGAAAUCCUCGAGUUUUGCGCGUGGAAUUCUUGAAGACCCUUUGGUGUUGUUCAGUUACAUGAUAUUUCUUGCUUUUUCUUGCGCGCAAACCGUUUUAGGUCCGACGCUCUUUGAGUAUCUAAAUCUCACGAGAAUUCAUCAGUUUCGAAUAUAAAUGAGGAUAUAUAUAGGAAAAAGAACGAUUAUUUUUCAAGAUUUACAGGAGAAUGAUAUGAAAAUUUCCCAACUUUGGUCUCAUACCUUUAAAGGCUUUUCAUUCCAGUUUUCUAGUCGGGAAAAAUAGAAAAAUUCAGUUUUUUUCAAUUUCAAAAUUUUCAGUCGAAGUGGCCGAAGUUUCACAGCGGGAGACAACAUCGAAAAAUUCCGAAUUGCGCAUUCAACUCUUGACGUUCGUUUGAAAAACGUUUUAUUUUUACAUGGUUUCUGAAUUUCCAGUGAACUCGGCCUCGAAGCCAUCACCAGGAACAAUUUCGCCAGCUACCUUCGCUAUCAUGAGUCCAUCAUGGAGCAGGUAAAAAGCUGUCCUUUUGGUUGAAAAGUGGACAGGAAAUUUCAAAGAAAACGGGCAAAUUUUGAGAACUUAUUACAAAAAAAAAAUUGAAAAAAAGUUCAAGAAAAUGUAGAGAAUGUAGAGGGUCUAGAUUUUGGGAGUUUUCUUUUUUUGUCCUUUUUAUUUUGGUUGAAAUGAUCAAAGUUUUUGAAAUUUUACUUCACUUUUGUGGUGUGUCACCGUAAAUGUAGAUUUUCAGCUUUGAAAAUAAGAAGAAAAUGUUUGAAAGCGUUUUUUGAUGAUUCAUGAUUUUUUUCUACUUUUUUCUCAAUUCCUUAUUUUCAGUCGAGACUGGCUUAUUUUUCGCAAUGA